CACGCAAAUGUAUAUCGCGGGAGGACCUGUGCGCGUCCGCAGCCUUUUAGGCAUAUAUGUUCAAGAUAAAGACACGUACCGGAUUGUGAUAUAGCAGUGGGAGUUUGUUUCAAUUUAUAUAAUUGAUAAUUACACUUGUGAAAAUUUAUAUAAUUCCAUUUGUGAACUGACUGUGCAUGGAAAAAUAUUGGCUUAUAACGGUGGUACAAGUACAUAAGUGGUCGCUCCUAAAAUACUUAAAUAUCAAAGGCAGAAUCAUUAAGUGCUCAAGAUGUCUACAGGAAAGCGUUUAGCGAAACGGUCUAUCCUUGGCACCCGUGUGGCGUGUUGUCUCGAAGAUGGGAAAUAUUACGCUGGCGUCAUUUGCGCCGUGAAAACUAGUGAGGAAGGUGGGCCUACGGUGUACACAGUGAGGGUGGAGGGUGACAGGCGGUCCAGAGAGGUGCGAGAGACAGACCUGGUGGGCAGUGGCUUCACUCCUGUCGGCUCUGUCAAGUUACGGGCCGGCCAGAGGGUGUUCAUUACUCACAAUAACCGUGAGGUCUCUGGCAAUGUUCUCUACCAUCGCCCCAACAUUGAUGAAGUGCUCAUCUCCGUCGUCAGCCCAGAGACUGGUGUGAGGCAGGACGUGAAGAAGAGGAUAGAAGAGAUCCGUCUGCUGGAGUGUCGCAAGUCUGCGCGCCUCGCAGACCAGGACACAGACUUCGCUAAGCUGGCAGACAUGUCCACGGACCGUAAGGACCGCAAGCCUUCCCAGACCAUCGAUGUUCCUGCACCCUCCGGCCUCCAAGGGUCCCGCAAGCGGCGGAGCUCACACUGUGAGGAGGACCAGAUGGAUGAGUGUGCAGCAGCCAUGGUGCUCAUGAAGCUCUCCUGCUCACCCCGCUCACCGCUCAUGCCUGAUGCAGGUGUGAUCGGGGAGUCGCCGGGGUCGUCGGUGUCAUCGGGCGUGUGGUCGUGGGUGGACGGGUCGUCGUCGUCCUCGUCGUCGUCGUCGCGGUCACCCGCCCACCGCUCGGCCACACCCUCCCCGCCGCUCUCAGAGUCCUGCCCCGCCGGCACCAUCGACGACGGCCUCGAGCUGGACGACACGCUCUUCGACGACGCCCUUCCUAGGAAACGACGGAGCUCCACGAGGACCAUGUUCAAGUGCACGUGGACGGGCUGCCACGAGAUGACUGCCGCCUCCGACGCCAUUGAACGCCAUAUUCGCUCCACUCACCUCGGGCGUGAGGAAGUGAACAGUGACCACAGUGAGAGUGACAGUGACGACGAUGACGACCACGAGGAGGAAUUUUACUGGACAGAAGUAGAGGUGAAUGUUGCCACGUGGGUCGACCCCUGUGAGCCUCUAGUGUCUUGUGUGAUACCAGCCGUCACACCCCCUGCUCCUCCCACCGCCCUCAAGCUUGUCUCCUCACCACCCACGCCAGCACCCACACCCAACUCCUCCCACACUGUGGGAGUAGCCUCCCCCAGCGCAGCCGUGCACCAGUCCCCGCCUCAGUACGUCCAGGUGUCCUCGCCGCCAACACUCAGCCACAUGGACAUGGCGCGACCACCUCAUGAAGAUCCUCGCUACAAGCAGCAUCUGGGAUGUCCGUCAUCAAACCUCUCCAGCUCCUGGCCUCGCAGCUCUGCAUAUUUGGGAACUGGGCGUGGCAAAAUACGAGUAAGUUCUUCCCCAAAAGCAUCACCUGGCAGAGGGAAACGAAAUGGUGAAAGUCGUAAGUGUCGCAAAGUAUAUGGCAUGGAACAGCGUGAUCUUUGGUGCACACAGUGCAAGUGGAAAAAAGCUUGUAGUCGCUUUGGAGAGUGAAUGAUCUCUCAGUCCUCGGCAUGAUCAGUGUGCUCAAUUAUGCAGUUUAGAAACAAAAAAUACAUUUUGAUGCAUAAUCAAUAAUUACCAUACUGUAUAUUGAAAAUGAGUCAUCACAAGGAUUGUGAGAGCACAAAUUUGUUGUGAUUCCCUGGAAACACUAAUAGUAAGAGAAGGGAUAAAAAAAUCACUAUGCAAGUAAGUGUUGCCAUAAUUUUUUUCAAGUGUUCACUGCAGAGAAGAAAUAGUGUUAAGGUUGGUGAUCAUUAAAUUUUGUUUCAGCAAUCUAAGUAUGACAUUCAUUGAUGGCUCAAUAUAAGGUCUGAUACCAUCAGCUAGUGCAUGGUCUUUUGAUGAUGGUAAACAUGAAUGUAUCAGAACAGUAGACUGGGAUAGAAUAGUUUCUCUAAUCCCAGGAGCAAGCCUACAUUAUAUAUAGUAUAUACAGUAUACAUAAAAUAUAUACAGUAUAUACAGUAUACAUAAAAUAUAUACAGUAUAUGUGACAUAUAUGUGCAGUAUAUCAUUGCACAUUAUUGAGAGUGAUUUACCACAAACUAAAAGCUAAUGAAAUGGUAAUUGGUUUGAACAUAAGAGUAGUGGUUGAUGAUUCAGGAGUGAACUCUGCUGUGAUGUCAACUUAAAGUGGCAAGAACACACUCAAAUGUCUUAAAAGGUGGUGAAUACUUGACUUCAUAAAACAGUUUCACAUAAAAACACAGAAUGUGGAAAUGGAACGAUUACAAUGAGUGUGUAAUGUUGUAAUAAAGCAAGGCUUCCAGAUCUCCCGCACCCAUUAUGUGAACACCAGGUUAAAACCACUGGUUUGUAUACAUAAUUAUGCAACAGAUAAUAUAAUUUGUAUAUCCAGCUUAAAUGCUGUGUUUUAAAUUUAAGGCAAGGGUCUUUCCGUGUAUGUAAUUGUAUUUUAGCCAGAGUGAAGUGCGGAUGAGGCAAGCCAUAGGUGAUGAGUAAAUCUGAAUGUUCAGAAUAAAUUUUUACACAAAGUAUGCAUACAUUUUUUGUGUAAUACCAAGUAGAAUUCAUGACAGCAAUACUGUACUUCCUGUUCUACACUACAGGAAAUAUCACCUAUGCUUCCAAGUCCUAUAAUAUUACUUUUAUGUUAUAUUUUCAGGUGUAAAGUGUUUGAUAAGCAUAUAAUGCAAGCACUUGAAAUGUACAAACAAAAGUCAUGAUAAUCUUGUGAUGCUCACAUGUCUGUGCAACUUUAAGUAUAGAGUGGUUGAAGGCAGGAGAGUGCUCAGAGAUAUUUCACAAAAUUUUAAUGUACUGAUAUUAUGUGUUUCCCACAUUCUCAACUAAUCAUGUGGUUCAGUAAUGAACUAUCUGCUUCAAUAACUACCAGUCAUUAUAUGCCAUUGUUGAACUGUGGAAUUACUUGUUUUGUUCAGUGCCAUGUGAGUUCCGCUGUGCUCUGGUAAUAUUAAUACCUUAAUCAGCAAGCAUCAGCCCUGCUUGACAAAUUGUUUAAUUCUUUUGUAGUAAAGUAUUUCGCUAGGUAUCUCAAGGAACGGAUUGCCGUGGACUCACAUUGCUAGCAUCAAGUUAUGGAAUUGUUUGAUGCUUCAAAGGUUAUAGUUUAUUAAAGUUGAAUAAAUUGCCAUGAUAUACUGCUUAUGUACUUAUUCAAGGACAAAAUGUUUGUCACAAAGAUGUUAUUUCAUCUAAAAUAAACUCUUUGAAGCAUGUUUAUGGAGCACUCUCUAGUCUGCUCUCAGUGUAACAUUGUUACUGCAGCAUUAAAUCAAUUUCAAAUGUUCUUUGUAAACUUCUAGACCUAGCAAACUUGAGAUUGUUUUAUGGUAAAAAAGAGGAAAGAAUAGAUAAGAUUAUCUAUGGCAACAUAUCAGUCAGGUGAUGAAGAGCAUUCUUGAAAAGAUAUUCAUCUUUAACUGAGUUGGUCUUAAUAUUAUUGAUAUUAAAACAAUAAGGUUUGGAAAUAACUUUUGAUCAUUUAUUUAAGAAUACUUUACUAUAAUUUGCCAUAUUUAGUGAUUUUAUUUUAUAGAUGGCAUUUCUUUUAUACUUUUUCUUAAAUAUUUAUCCAUGACAUUUAAUUGAUUAUAAGGGAGCAUGUCAUUGAAGCAAUCACAGCACGCACGUGCAAACAAAAUUUGAACACGCCUUCCUGAUACCGUAGCAAUAAUGAUUGUUAUUAAUUAAAUAUUUAUAUAAUUUAUAUACCUGUUAUGAUAAUGUAUGAAAUUAUGUUUUUAGAGAAUUAUAUUUAAUAUGCAAGAUUUAAUUACGGUCCAGUAUAAAAAAAUCUAUUGUACUAAAAUACUGGAUUUAUAUUGUUUUAUAGUGAAUAUUACAAAUUUAGACAUGGAUCUUGGUCAUCCCUAAAUUUUUUUUCUGUUACUCAACUUGUUAAUUGUAAUCAUUACUUCAGGAGCAAGACAGCAUAAUCUUUAUGUAUAGUAAUAAUUAAAUGCUUGCAUCUAAUUUUCCACAUAAUCACUGGCGAUAAAAUAUGCUGGUGAUAGUGUUGGGCCAAUGUUAUUGGGAUAAGAAAACUGCACUGGCAUGCAAAUGGAGUGAUAAGUUUAAUACGGUAUUCCUAAGUAAGAUCUCAUGAAUGAGAAGCAGCUGCUCACAUGGACACCAGCAUAUAAGACCAGGGCAGCUCACAGUUCACCUAGCCUGUAACUAGGACUUUCCUCAAGAUUGUAUGGUACUAUACCCCCAACAUUGCCUGUUAUUUAGCAUGAUCCUUACCAUCUACCAGUGAAGAUGCACGCAGCUCAAACCGUCCGCUGGUGGCUGUGGCUCACUCUGCACUGGUGGCUUUGUCUCUCCACCACUGAAAAUGGACUGGACCUCUAGUGAAUAUGACUAUAAUGAAAUUACCUCCAUUGAUAAAUAUGACUAUACCUGUAUUGGUGAACAUAGUUUGGGCAUUCUACUAGUGAAUAUCAAGACCCUCUACCACUGGUGAACAGGGUCUGAACUCCUAUGGGUAUUAUGGCUUAUAUUGUUCACUAAUAAAUGUUGCCUAAACUGCCCACUGGUGAACACAGCAUAAGUCAUCUCAACUGUACAGUUCACCAUAUUCACUUAGACCAUUUAUUGCUGGAUAUGACCAGUGGACAUGGCCAGGACCUUCCACCAGUAGACAUGGCCAGGACCUUCCACCAGUAGACAUGGCCAGGACCUUCCACCAGUAGACAUGGCCAGAACCUUCCACCAGUAGACAUGGCCAGGACCUUCCACCAGUAGACAUGGCCAGGACCUUCCACCAGUAGACAUGGCCAGGACCUUCCACCAGUAGACAUGGCCAGGACCUUCCACCAGUAGACAUGGCCAGGACCUUCUACCAGUGGACAUGGCCAGGACCUUCUACCAGUAGACAUGGCCAGGACCUUCUACCAGUAGACAUGGCCAGGACCUUCUACCAGUGGACAUGGCCAGGACCUUCUACCAGUAGACAUGGCCAGGACCUUCCACCAGUGGACAUGGCCAGGACCUUCUACCAGUGGACAUGGCCAGGACCUUCUACCAGUAGACAUGGCCAGGACCUUCUACCAGUAGACAUGGCCAGGAUCUUCUACCAGUAGACAUGGCCAGGACCUUCUACCAGUAGACAUGGCCAGGACCUUCUACCAGUAGACAUGGCCAGGACCUUCUACCAGUAGACAUGGCCAGGACCUUCUACCAGUGGACAUGGCCAGGACCUUCUACCAGUAGACAUGGCCAGGACCUUCUACCAGGGGACAUGGCCAGGACCUUCUACCAGGGGACAUGGCCAGGACCUUCCACCAGUAGACAUGGCCAGGACAUCCACCAGGGGACAUGGCCAGGACAUCCACCAGGGGACAUGGCCAGGACAUCCACCAGGGGACAUGGCCAGGACAUCCACCAGUGACCACAGUUUCACUAUAUAUACCACUGCCAAUUUUUUCACGGCAUUAUCAAUUGAAUGUUGUGUUGUGAUUUUUUUAUCAGUUUUUCAUUGUUCCUUUUUUUCAUUUAUGUUGCAUAUCAUUAACUUAGAAAUAAAUGUGAAAGUACAUAAAGAAAUAUUGAGAGGCUAUAUAAUGCUCAUUGUGUUGAGGUAGUUGGACGAAACAGGUUUAAGGGAACCCUUCUUGUGAUCAGUCUUUCAAUGCCCAAAUUAAAUAUGCAUUAUAGUCAGUCUGGUUAGUUUUCGGUCAUUCAUAUUUGCAUUUUUCAAAUAUUGUAUAGAAGUAGUAGUACACGUCAGAGCUUUAGGAUAUAAAAUACCCGGUGCAUUCAGAUUUGCCCAUAUACAAUAUGGAUAUAAAGUUGCAUAUAAUAUAGCCAGAUAUUUAUUGUCCUAAGCUGAUGAUACAUAAUCAUUAAUAACAGAGGUGAGAUCAAGUCCACUACCAAAUGUGUGCUUUAAGUAGAUUUUAUAACAAAUGAUCUCUAAAUAUUUAGAGUUAGAUAUUGUAUCAUUUAUGGAGAAUAUAUAGAAUUAAUAUAUUUCAUUUAAAAAUACAGAAAGGGCUCUCUUCACUUCUGGUGCUAAUGUUGCCAUAAGUAAAAAAAAAACUAGAAAAAUGUCCACUUCAUUUGUGUGCAAACCAUUCAGUAAUUACUAUGUAAAAAGAACAUUUGAUUUAUCAAUAUCAAAAUAUGUAACAAAAUGGCCUUGGACUGCACAAAUGUUUAUUAAAAGAAAUCUCACAUAUUGGGUAUUAGACUGUACGUACAGUAAUGUCAGUUGAUAAUGUAUUUUUUUCCAUCAAUUUUGUACAUGAGAUAUGGACACACGUAUCUUGUGAAGAGUCUGCCAACCCUAGUCUAAGAAUCAGAAUAACUUUUAAACAAAUACUGUAUUGUACUUGUAAUUAAUUCAUAGUGAUUAAACAAGAAUGUCAAUUUAGGAAUAUAUAAUGAUAUUUUUUCUGAACAUUGAAUAGUCACUGUUAGUUAAUACAAACUAGGUAGUGAAAAAUCUACCUCAUCCACAGUAGUCCCAAGUAGCCAAAGGCAAGAUGGGCUGAGAGUUAGGGUGGUGGCACUGUGUAUAUUUCAAGGACUACCUGUCUUUCAUUUGUAUUAAACAUGUUUGUUUAAAAACAACAAGCCGCACGAUUGCCUAUGCAAUAGGAGACGGACACCUUGUGGGACAUCUCACAUUACAAAUACUGUAAUAUACAUUUUUUAUGCCAUUGCCAAGAAGUAAACCAAGGACCUCAAUACUGAAAGUGUAAUUUGAUAUUUUAUGCCAUAGUACAAAGUAUUUUAUGAUGUCUUAAUUUUUACAAAGCUUUUGCUAAUUGCCACACACAAUUUUUGUGUUUAGAGUUGUAAGACUUAUAAAAAAGAGUUUAUUGAUGUAUAAUCCAUUUUUAUCCAUGUAUUGUAUGUGUUGUACAUAUUCUCUGCUUAAUGGUGUCGGCUAUUCAACUACUGUAAAAAGAUCCUUGAGUUUCUGUUAUAUACCCUAUGGAUUUAAAGAUAUAUGAACUAUUAUAUAGUAAUUGAUUUUGUUAUUUUAAGUCUUCAGAAUGUAUGAUUACUUUUAUUAAUAGAUUUGUAUCAUUAUCAUGAACAGAGUAUUUCUUAUUACCAGAAAAAAUAUAUGAAAUUAGGCAAAGAAAAAUCCAUAGGGUUAUUCUAUAGUUUUUUCUGAUUUGUAGUUAUAGAUAUUUGAGCAUGUUGAGCAAGGGUUCAUUAUUAUUUUGAAGUUAUGCUUCAAAUGUUUUAAAAAUUAUAUUAAAACUUGUACAGUACAGUACAGUAUAUGCAAAUUUUUUUAACCAAAUUAUAUACUGCAUUAAAUUUAUAACAAAAUAACACGAUAAAAUUUAUUGAGAAAUGAAUAAUGGUUGUAUAAGUCCAACAAUAUCACUUCUCUGACCAGGGCAAAGUUUGUCUAAAUGUGUUCAACAUGUUUUAACUUUUGUACAGACCUGAUAGACUGCAGCGUGUUUUGAAUUACUAUUUUAUAAGAAUAAUACAUAUUUCUCUAUCCAGACAUUGCUGUAAUUGUCUGUAUUGUUUAAAGUAAUAAAAAAUUGUGCAUGAACA